CGUGCAAACAUGGUGGGAGUGUCUGUGUGGAAACGUCCUUUCCUCUUCAGCUCCUCGUCAGAGCACCCGCUACACUUGGGAGAAGUUCACACUUCAGGUGGGAUUUGCGCUUCCAAAAUCUACCCGAGACGUUAAACGUAUAUGUCACUUAGGAAAAUCGGUCCCUCGUCGAGAACAGGAACAUGUUCGGCUCCCGGCUCGUGUGCGUGUUGCUGUUGUGUCUUUCUGACUUGGCAGUUUCCCGGAGGUCUGGUGCUGAGGACGGGGACACUGUGGGGAAGAUUCACAGUGCGAGGUGCACCUCUCGCUGCCUUACUCUCCACAUAACCCAGCUCACAGCCACGUUUCAGCAUCUGCAGAAUGAUGAUGUUCUGGGCUGGUGUGACAAUCAUAGAAGAUGUUCUCAGUGCCUACAACCAUGCAAGGAAUUCUGGGAAACAAGAAGAGCCCUGUCUCAUAAGUUCUGUGAGAAGCACCAUGAGUGCCUGACUAGUGCUGAAUUCCUGCUGUCGGUGCAGACGCAGAAGCAGGGCGACUGCCCUGCUCCUCAGCGAGCCUCAGGCUUCGCAGCAGCCUGUGUAGAAAGCUGCAGCUCUGACCGGGAAUGUUCUGGCUCCAAAAAAUGCUGCUCCAAUGGCUGUGGCCACACAUGUCAAGCCCCUACCAACCUUUUCAAAGGUGUCCCUCUGAAGCCAAGGAAAGACAUGACCUUUCUAGAGGACCAGCAUGGACAGCUGGAAGUUGCAUGGAUGUCCAAGUUUAAUGUCUCCAUUGAGCCAGUCCUGUAUAUUCUGCAGAGGAGAUGGAACUAUGGUAUUCAUCCCAGUGAAGAUGAUGCUUCUACCUGGCACACUGUUCUGAUGACCAUGGAAGAACGUGCCGUGCUCAAGGACGUACGGCCCCACAGGUGGUACCAGUUUCGGGUCAGUGCAGUCAACAGUCAGGGCACCCGUGGCUUCACCACUCCCAGCAAGCACUUCUUCUCUACACGAGACCCAUCCCCCCCCGAGACUCCACAAAAUACUAGGGCUGAAAAUCAGACGGUGCAUGCUGAUGGGAGGGUGAGCGUGCUGCUCCGCUGGGACCCUCCUGGUGAGGGUGACCUUGUGGUCCACCAUUACAAGGUGACCUGGAGUGCACGUGGAGCGGCAGCAGACGGCCCAAACUGGAAGGAGAGCGGUCGGGUCACAGACGGGACUCUGACUGAGAUGGAGCUGGGGGGACUCCAGCCUCACACACGCUACACGGUGCAGAUUCAGGCCAUUUCUUUCUGGGGGCAGAAGCGUUUAAAGAGUGGCCGUGCACAACUCUCCUUCAUCACUGCUGCCUCCACUGGCUCCUCACCUGGCCACGGGCCACUCUCUCGGGAAUUCUCCAAUGAGCUGCCCAUCUCCCACUCUACUCCUGGCAUCCUGCGCCUAGAGGCAGCAGCCCCCCACUACUAUGACAAUCAGCUGCAGGUCAAGGUGUUCUGGAAGAGUCGACUCCCAGAAAACCAGAGGGGUUCCUCCUCAUACAUUUUAAGCUGGUAUCCAGAGGUAUGUGCCAACAAUGUGACCAAGAGAGAGAAGAAGGCUACUGUACAGGGCACACAUUUUGUCAUCACAGGCCUUCUCUUUGCCUGUAAGUACAAGGUGGCUGUGAUGCCCUUUUCUGAACAUGGACAGAGGGAAGGUGCUGUGACCUCCGUCACUACCCCACAUUGCUCAGCAGUGAAAGGCCGAAAGAAACCACUAUCCUGUGGCCGGGAUGAGCGCCAUCUGCAGGUGAAGAAAAUACUGCAGCGCCCUGAGAAGCUGAUUGCAGUGUUUCAGAGAGUUAACGACUCCCUGGAGGGCCUGUUUAGCUGGCAGGUGUCUGAUUCUGCCCCAGGUCAGACACCUAUCACAGGAUUCCAAUUCUCCUGGGUCAAAGUCUCUGGCAGCGCUGUGAAUGAAUCUACAGACGCACUCAUCUCUCAAAUGCUGAAUUUGGCACCUAGUCAGCUCUCACUCAGAGUGGAGCAGCUGCAGCCAGAGAGUGUGUAUAAGGUGCAGGUCCAGGUGCUGUCUGAAGCAGGCAGUGGCCCUUCAGUAGUCCGAACACUACAUACUCCACAGCUUAAUGACACACCACUUUGAGGCUCUUGUACAGUUCUGAGGCAUCAUCAUGAAGUUUCUCCUUGUUCUGAUAUCUCUCCACUCCAUGCCAACAUGCAUUUCAUCUGCUGGUGUUGCAUGAUAAGGUUUAAAUACGAACCAAAAGCAUCAUGAAAAUGUCAUGUUCUGUAAGUUAAUUGUUCAGAGAUGUUUGAAACAUAAUUUAAUCCUACUUUAACACGUAAAAAUGUGUAGCACUGAUGUAUGUAGUAUGUAGUCAUAGCUUUGUAUUGUUUAUUUUCUUAUCCUGUUAAAUGUAUUACUAUAAAUACUUGUCCUGUAUCUCUGAAUCCAGAACAUUUUGAGCUGUGCAAGCAUUGUUCUAAAUUAUUUUUCAGCUUUACAUUUUUACAGUCCACACAAACACUUUAAUAUAGAAAUAUUUAUUGUGACCUGCUAUAACCUGUAAAGCGUCCAUGAUUCUGAUGUCAUUGUUGACUCUGAGCAUAUUUAGCUUAUUAUUAUUACAUUGUGCUUCAUUCUCCCAUUAACAUAGAAAACAUAUUAGGCCUAUAUUAAAUUAAAUAAGCUCUCUGAAUUUAUUAUAAUUAAUUAAACAGCAUAACAGCUACAUGUUUUUUGAGACAGCAAAAUGAACCCAUAUCAGGUUCAAGGUGUAUACACAAGCUAAUUAUGACUAAUGACAUGAGUAAAAACUCUUUGGAAACAAUGUUGUGCAGCUUUUGAAACAUGAUUAUGAAGGAAGAUGUUCAUCAAUGCUUAAAGUGCCAGUUCAAUGAAAGCAUUGUACUUACAUUGCCAGACACAUUCAAUCACAUUGUGGCAGUUUCACUUUGUACAAAAACGUUUCACUUUAUGUAAAUAUUGCACUUGAUGUUGUGUUACUUAGGGGCCAUCAAUGUUACAAAAUAAAUUUUAAAGUCAAUGAAA